AUGGCGACUUAUCUGGCAGAAUUGCCUUCGCUGGGAGAAUUCUUUCCUCCUACACCACGCGCAGCCAAAUUGUCCCUCAACAUCUUCAGACUGUACAUCCCUAUCUCGCUGGCGCUAUGGACGCCCCUGAGAAAGCUACAGGCGAUGGGCAAGACCUCGUCCAAGUCUCGCCUGAGUCUCCCCGGUCGCUAUGCAUGGGUGGCGGCGGAAAUGGUUGGGCCACUUAACCUGCUCUACAUUCUUUACACUCUGCCAGCAAAACUCAGACCCCAGCCACAGGCCGCGAGGAGCUUCCUAGGCACCGGCUUGCCUGCUCAGAACGAGAUAUUAGCGUGCUUGUAUCUCCUUCACUACGUCAACCGCGCCCUUGUCAGUCCGCUCUAUUUGAACCCGAGCAUGUCACCCAUCCAUCCGUUCGUUACGAUGUUUAUGAGUGUCUUUCAGUAUACGAACUCGACCAACAUUGCCUGCUGGCUCGUGUACUCGACGCUGACUGCCAAUACGGAGAGCCGCUCCAUCAUCUCUUUCAGUUCAGUCAUUGGGGUCUUGUUCUUCCUCCUAGGACUGGCGGGCAAUAUCUGGGCAGAGACGACGCUGUAUGAGCUACGACGCGGUGCGGCCAAGAGGAAAGCUAAGUCCGAGGGCAAAGCGACGAUUAGCUACGACAAAGUGUAUGUGAUCCCGCCAGCUGAGGGACUCUUCAAGCAUAUCUUGCACCCACAUUACGUCCUGGAGUGGCUCGAAUGGACGGGUUACUGGUUGCUUGGAGGGGUAUGGGGGCUGGGAUGGGGUGGUGAGAGUGCUGCGCUGUGGUUUGUGGUUUGCGAAGUCGUGACCAUGCUACCGCGCGCAGUGACUGGCCGGCAGUGGUAUGAAGACAAGUUUGGCAAACGGGCUGUUGGAGGACGCGCGGGAGCAAUCCCUGGACCGAUCAGGCUGUGA